AUGGUUCAAGAUGCACUCAAUGAAUAUGCUUCAGCGAGCUAUUUUGGCUUCGGAGUCGGCGUGGAUGGCUCUGUUAAUGCUAGUCACACAAAAACCAAUGCCAGCUUAAGAGAUAACUAUAAUAAAUCAUAUCAGGCCAAACCAAGCUUGCACGCUACCAGGAAAGGUGGGCCACAUGAGGUAAGUGCCUUACCACUGUGGAAACUUGGUCUUGUUACAUGCAGUAACACCUGGGCUCUUAUAGAUAGAGGAAAGUCGUUAUUCACCGAUUUCGUUAGAAUUUGGAAGCUGAUACCAAACCAUAGAGGUGACUUCCUACAACCAGAUGAACUUGAGUCUUCGUUGAUGGCAGUAUGGGUGAGCAGUUAUCUUGGAUCUAGUUGCGAAGGACGAACUUUAGUAAAAGGUUUGGAUGAAAUAGAUCUACUGGUUGGCAGGAUCGGAACAUGGAAUUCCAAUCCAAUACGACCAGAAAAGUGCAUUGAAUACCUCCAAGAUAUGCUGAAAACGGUUGAACGUUUUAAGGAUCAGACAGGCACAACUAAGUACUGGGAGGACAAGUUAUGCACUGACGCAAACAUAAGCAGCUUCAUGAGGAAGAUCGUGGAACUGGCAAAUGAUAUUGACCCAAUGAACGUGUCCAUGGUACAGAUUUUAAUACGGAAGCUUGUCAACCCUGUUGGAUUUAGAGAGUUUCCUGACAAACAGAAGAUUAAAGAGUGGCUUCAGGUCAUCCCCAAAAUCGUGGACAUUCAACCUAUACUAGCUAGUGCUAGCGUCCAGAGCAUACCUAAUCUUAUAAAGACUCUUAAUGAAAUGAUCAUACGGAAAUUUCAAUCUGAACAUGUAUUUGACAGUGUCAAUGCAGAAGCAACAAAUGAACUGUCUGUUUGUGUUGGUCAGCUUCUAGAAAAAUUACAAGCAUCUGGAGAAGUACAUGAAAUGUUCAUUUUAAAAGUUGCCCUCUUAUCUCUUCACUACCAUUGGCCUACAAAGAGUUUUCAAACCCCUGUUGAAAUAGAGAAGCUUCGGAAAUUUGUCCAGUCAAUUGAAGUGUUGUGGAAAGAGUUUCAAGUAAAGAAAGAGAAAGGGAUAUUUCAGCUCGAGGCAUUUCUCAUCUAUACCCUUCUGACUUCUGGCAAUUUCGAUGAAGAAAAUAACUCGUCAGAAGAGGAAUUCUCUGAGAUAACUAAAGACCUUAGGCAAGUGUUAUCACCCGAAUUAACCAAGGUCCUAAACGAUUAUGCCACUCAUUCGCCUUAUCAGUGGGUUGAAAUCCUUACUACUACUGCUGAACUAUCAAAUGGGAACAUGGCAAAUUCUGAGGAAAAAGAUAUCGAUUAUUUGAAAGCUAAACUCUGCUCCAAAGACAGAAAUACACAAGCGGAUAGAUCAGAUCUGAUAACCAAUUCCGAUCUCCCAGCACAAGGAGAUUUUUCAGAUAUUCUGAAGACUCUGGGCUUAGACAUAUACUAUCCAUCAAGAAUUUCCCCUUUGGAUGCAAUGGUAAUUAAAAAGGCCAAUGGGUCCCUCAAGUUGGUUGACCUUCCCUGGACGAUAAUACACAAACUUUUGAUGAUUGAUUUUCAUGCAAGAGAUGAAUUUUUGUCAAUGGUUAACAAAUCAUCAGAACAAGAGAUAUCUGAUGACAGUGGUGAAGUAAACUUUGAAGCGAUUCUUCGUAAAGUGAAAGACACUAGUGAUGGUGGAGAUAAGGUAAUACAUCUUAAUACUUUGGAUGUACUGGUGGCAACAUUUACUUGCUGUGACAACUUUCUAAAACAAACACUUGCUCAAAAGCUGUUUGUUUGCCAACUUGCCAUUCCAUUUAUCUACCCUCUAAAAUCAGAAGGAAUGAUGGGGAUGUCAUUAUGGGCACUCAGAACGAUAACUGUUCAGUGGCAAACGAAGGGAAAUGUAGUUACCGAAACGUCAGUGGCAGAAAAACCUUUCCCAUUGGUAACGUUUGUCAGAUUGGGCAGGCCACCGCUGUCUAAGUCCAAGCUAAUUAAUGAUAUCAUGAGGGAUGAAAGUCAUGACACUUUCUUCCAUCAUGAUUGCAGCAGUGGUACAAUAGCACGAAGGAUUACUGAUGGUCUUGUGGAAUGUUCCUGGUUCAUAACAGGAGGGAAUGAGAAAGAACAUUUACCAGGCACAACAAUGAUCCUAAAUCUGAGAGGCGACGGCUCGUUAAUGAAAAAACAGAUGCAGAUCUUGCAGGAAAUAUCAUCAGUGAUGUUUGUCAUGGCCACUGCUCAAGACUUAGCGAGGGCCCCAAACAAAAACACAUGUCGACAGAUUUUGGAAACUAGUUCUAAUGCCAUCCUAUUCUUGAUUAAUGGGGAAAACAAACAAGGGACACGGGGACUAAAUGAUGAACUGCAAGUUGGUUUCGAGGCAGUCGGCCAUGAUCUUUUGAAAAGAGUUCCUGUUAUGCUAUCCAGCACAUUGCAAGGUAGUAAGAAAAAUGCUAGUGAGCUCAAGACUGAAGCUCGAGCAAAGCUCUCACAUGUUCUUGCUGUUUGUUCUGAAAUGUCCAUAGAAGUGUGUGCUGAACAUGCGAAGGAAAUGGGGGUCAAGAUAGAUGAGUACGAUAGUGAAGCCUGCCUGGAAGGUAAGCGCUUUGCAGAUAAAGUUGUCAAACAUCUAGAAGGUAAAGACAUCGCUGACUGGAAACGCAUGCUACUUCCCCUGCAAGGUGCUGAAUGGAUUGAUUACUGCAAGCUACAAAAGAUGCAACACAGAACAAGUGGAAAGGGUCCACAGUUGUCUGCAAAAUACGUUGUUGAUGAAUUGAAAGAGAGGAUGGACCUUCUUCGUGAAAAACAGGUGGACAUAUGCCAGAACAGACUCAAUCCUUUCAUCAAAUACUUUAUUUCAACUCUGAAAAUGGACCACGAUGUUGUAAUGUAUUUCCUGAAAUGGAUGAACAUCCUAUUCGACGAGAAAUCGAGGGCCUAUUUGCCAGAUUUGCGCAGGGAGUAUCAUAGCGUAUGGACAAAUUUCCAGGAGGCUAAGAAAAAACAGAAAGAUAACUUGCAUGACUUCAAAUCAAAAGUGGAUUUAGCAGAAAAUAAGCUUGCCAGUGCAUCGCUUGGAGUAGAAAAUCUUUUCAGAGAGCUAGGACAUAUUUACGAGGCGAUGAAGAGCAGCAAAGUAGGACAAGAUACUAAGGCAGUCAUCGAGAGUCUGCCAGAAAUAGCAGCAAAAUUGCUGUUGAAUGGCAUCCCCUUGGAGUUGGUUGAUGGAGACGCAUCCAGCGUACCAAUUGCAUGGGUGAGAGCAGUGCUAUGCAAGCUUGAAAACAUUAUCGGCGAAAAAAAACUUUUUGUCAUUGCUGUCCUAGGCAUCCAGAGCUCUGGAAAAUCUACACUUCUAAACACCAUGUUUGGGUUGCAGUUUGCCGUCAGUGCAGGCAGAUGCACAAGGGGAGCAUACAUGCAACUCAUCCCAGUAGAUAAACACGCCAAUCUGCCAUUUGGAUAUGUUGUUGUAGUGGAUACAGAGGGCCUCCGGGCACCAGAGCUAGGACAACUUAAGUACGACCACGAUAAUGAGCUGGCAACCCUCGUAAUUGGACUGGGAGAUGUAACCAUGAUCAACAUAAAAGGAGAAAACACAGCCGAAAUGAAAGAUAUUCUGCAGAUUGCAGUGCAUGCAUUCUUAAGGAUGAAUCUGGUCAGGAAACACAUCCGAGACCACAAAACCUGCAUAUUUCUUCAUCAGAAUGUCCCAGCAUCGAACGCAGAUGAACUGAUGAUGCAUGCAUGCCGGAAACUACAGGAAAACCUGGAUGAUAUGACCAAAGAAGCAGCCCUCAGUGAGAACAUAGCAAACGUUCAGAGUUUUUCACAGAUAAUCAACUUUGAUGUCCGAAAACACGUUUGGUACUUCUCUGAUCUCUGGCAUGGCAAUCCACCCAUGGCCCCUGCUAAUCCUGGCUACAGUAAAAAAGUAGAUGCAGUCAGGUUUAACAUUUUGGGAGAGAUUGCAAAGGGGCAGAAAACAUUUCUGACAACUUCAGAUCUUGCAAUUCGCCUGAAUGAUCUAUGGAACGGGGUUCUUGCUGAUGACUUUGUCUUUAGCUUCCGGAACAGUCUUGAGGUAAAGGCCUACAAUGGUUUGCAAUCAAAAUACUACACUUUGGAGUGGAAGAUGCAGAAUGAGAUGAAAUCUUGGUUACUGGACGCAGAGAUCAAAUUGAAGAUGUGUGAAACUGUGGUUCGCCUACAGGGUAGCUUUCAGGUCCUCAUGGACGAACUUUCCCAAGUUCUGACUGAAAAAGCCGAGGAAAUUGAAAAUUGUUUGAAAGAUUACUUUGAGGAAUGCAACCUGCAGGAAAUAAUUAUCCAGUGGCAGCAGUCCAAGCUCAAUCAACUCCACUCUGCUGUUCAACAACAACAGAAUGAGAGCCAUGCAGAUCUGCUCUCAAUAAAAGAAUCACGCCGACUUGAAAUCUUGCAGACUAAAAAGUGGUCAAAGCAUGAGGCAUAUAUAAUGGGCAAAGCAGUUGAACUGGCAGACUCAUUGAAAGGAAACGAAGCGAGUGAUACUGAACUGAAAAAGAAGUUUGAUAUCAUGUGGAUGUCAAUGGUUCGCGAACUUGCAGCAGCGACUGAAGACAAGGAGCUCCAUAUGGAUAUAGUGAUGGAAAGUAUUCUUCUUAAACGAUUUUUUUCACAUAGAUGCGCUCUUAAACGUGAACUAAAGCUUCAUCCUCUGAGUUUUCCAGUCCAGCAGAUGUCCUUGGAAAACAGUAUCACUGCAAGUGAUAUUACAAAGGAACACAUCAGUUUGAAGAGUAUUCUAUUCGAGAGAGUGUUUGAUGUCAGUGAUAUGCUAAAGGCCAAACAAAUGACAGUAGUACUGACAAGCAAUAUCUUGAAAGAUAUUAGCACUUAUUUAAAAGAACUGUCUAAUCAGGACGUGAAAUUUCAAACGAGUCACGCGGCCGAGGUCGUACAAAUGCUUGUCACUGAAAUGGACGCUUACAAUCAGAAAGCCUUUGUGUCUAAUGACUGCAAUUUCACGAUCCUCCCUGCCUAUGUUGUGAAACUAGCAGUCCAUGUAAGCCGUCACUGUGUCCAGGUGUUCAGCAUGAUGCAAUCCAAAUAUAGCAGCAAACAUGGCGUGAGAGCAAAGGUACAAGACUACAAGAAUACCGUCUAUGCUCUGUUUAAGAAUAUGGUGAAACAGAGCAAAGAAGAAGUCAUGGCUGGUGACCUUCUUUGCACACAAUUGAUUGGAAUGGUAGAGAAAGCGGUAAAGAAAGCACUUCCAAGACAAUGCAUAGAAGAAAUUCUCAGAGACUUCCAGAUGAACAAGUAUUACCUGAUGGUGAAAAUGAUGGAUGAUCUGGCUGUAAACGGAAAGUUCAAGGAAUAUGAAUCAUAUAUCAAGAAUGCAGAAGCAUUUGCUUUUACAUGGAUCACCAAGUACACAAAUGAGAAGAUGUUUACGAGAAGAGACGGAGAUGACAUGUCCCGGUAUGCACAGCUAGCUGCGUGUCAUAUCAAAAAUAUCAUAAAGUGUAUUACCAACAGUGUCAAGUAUGCAACUGCUGAGGUCGAAAGGCGCAAAGACAUGGGUAUGUCACUGUGGAUUGACAAGUUCUGCCACAAAGCCUCGGCAGAAAUAGCGGUACCAGUCAGUACUCUGACCUUAGUGAGAGAUCUAUUAGUAGUUGAUUUCAAGAAUAUGCAAAGGAUCAUUCUUGAUAAGUUGGCUGAACAGGAAAGUAAUCUGCUGGAUUUUUUUGUCAAUAAAACAGCAUGCACUGUUGAAUGGUACGGGAAAUCCCCGGCACAUCAAAUUCUAGAAAGGAUCUGGGGUUGUACUGAACAGUGUCCAUUCUGUGAGGAACCCUGUACCGACACUACCCCUGACCAUUAUUUAUUAUAUAAUAGAAGGCACACAUGUGUACAGCACAGACCAAAAGGAAUUGGAGGAGUUGUCUAUUCUGAUGACAUUGUUCGUGAUGGCAUCAAAGUCUACAAGAACCAGCUAGCUCACGAUAGUUGCAAUUAUUCCGUACAGGAGAAGGCCGUUGAUUUCUCGUGCAGUGCCUGUAACUUCAAGUGCCGAUAUCAUAAAAAAUGUACAUCUGGCACAAAUUGUGUGCUUCACAAAUAUACAGAAUUCAAGACUUACUUGCCGGACUGGGACAUUUCUCCUGAUCCAACUAACAGCGUGUCCAAAUAUUGGAUGUGGUUUAUGGCGACCUACCAACACCAGCUAAAGGAUAAGUACAACGCACAAUUGCCAGAUAUACCUGCUUCUUGGAGGACAAUUUCAAAAGAGGAAGCCUUAACAGACCUGCGCAAAUUCCACCACUAA